GGAGGGAGAGAGAGGGGGAGAAAACGCCCUGGAAAUCUGGUUGAUCAAGAAAUCGAAAAAGACUGACAGAGUCCUAACAGACUGCAAAGGUGUGACAGUGUGAAAGUGUUUUUCUUGGAGUGAGGAGAAGGGGAGAAGUUUUCAAGGAUGCUCAAGCAGGUGUGAGGCUUCUAGGGCGCAAAGGCUGCGCGCAGCAGAAGUCAAGAAUUCAAGAACAGAAGCAACAAACUGAAUCUCCUUGGCUUUGCUUGAGCAAUCCAAGGAAAACAAAGAGAAUUUGUGUGACACCAGGGCGGGAACUGAAGAAAACAAUAACAAGAUGGCUGAUGAGGAGGACACCAGGGAGGUGCUCUUUCCAGACUGGGAAGGUCCUGAUAAAACUGGCUUGACCAUUGAACAGAGAAGUGGAGGAGAGCUCUUUGUUAGGGAGGUGAAAGGAGAGUCACCAGCAGCACGAUCUGGAAAAGUAUAUGAAGGUGACCAAAUUGUGGGUGCCACUAUCUACUUUGACAAUAUGAGUUCAGAAGAAACAGCAGAGCUACUGAAGACACUGAACAAACACAAGGUUGGACUGAAACUACAAAACAAAGGAGACAAAUCCCCUUGCUACUCACCGCUGAGCACACCAUGUCGUUCACCAAUCAGCACCCUUACAUGGGAAGGGAAGACCCGCUUUGGAGAUUCCAGUCCAGACAUCAUUCUUAGUGGGGAUGAUGAAGAUUAUAAGAGAAUAUACACAAAAAAGAUAAAACCAAGGCUGAAGUCUGAAGACCUCGCAGAGGGAGUAGAUGUGCGCACAGAGCGGCACAGCAGCACGAGCAGCGAUGGCAGCACAAUUACCACCAUCACUCGUCGUAUUACUACUUACACAGUAGACAUGCCAAGUGGCAUAAGUGAGCAGCUUGAACUUUCAAGCCCGGACGUCAAAGGGCUAAGGCACGAAUCUGGAUCUUCUCAUAUCAGAAUCUCACAUGGCAGCCCUUCAGGUAAAAUGGGAGCAGACGAAGGUGUUUUUGAGUCAAGUGAUGCAACUUACACUGGGCCAAAGAUUACUUCCACAGUGACACGCUGGGGCAAUGGUGGGGUUCAAACUACAACACAUAUAAGAGAGGAAAAAGAAAGAAAUACAGAUCUCAGAUUUAAGGGUCCUAGCUUUGGAGUAACAGUUGGAAAAUACCAGGAAGGCACUGAAACUUUAAGAGGGAGUGGAGAGCAAGGAGAUAUAAGUAUUCAGGAUUCAGAAAUAAGCAUGACACUAAGUGAUGACAAAAACACGGCCGGCAGGCACGUUACUGUGGGAGGGAUAACCUCAACCGAUGAAAAUGGAGGGACCAUAAGUAUGUCUUUACCAGGGAAAGGAAUGAAAAUUUUGAGUACAACCACAGACAAUAGACAGAUGGGAAGUUCAGACAGUAGUUUAAGUGAGAGGACAAAAGUGAAUAUCUCUGGAAUUACAGUCAGUCACCCACAGACAAAAGGAUCAGGUAGUAUUCCACAUGUCAGAAUAGGAGGAUCCACAGAUAGUGAUAUGGAUUUGAAAGAUGCCAAGAUAAAAGGAUCAACAAUCACAUUAGAUAAUGUUACCACAGGAUUUUUUUCAGAAAAAUCAGAACUGGACAUCAAAGGGGCCAAUGUGCAGACCAAAGGUCCCAGUGCCAAGACUGAAGGGACAGUUUUGAGACUUCCAGAAUCUGAAAGUGACAUCAAAGGCACUGAAAUCAACUCUAACAUCCAAAUCAAACUGCCAACGAGUGAUGGCAAAUACAAAAUGGAGGUUAAAGUUCCAUCUUUAUCUGGGCUGGACAGAGAUGUGAAUUUGAAGAGUUCUAAGGAAGAGGGAAAAAUUGAUAUAACUGGUGAGGGAGCUAGAGUAGCACCAAAACUUGACAUUAAAAGUCCAGUUAUAAGCACUGAGGGGAAGGAAGGAAGAAAAACUGAUGUAAAAACUCCUGAAGCUGAUAUGAAAGCAACAAGAUUUGUUGAAAGUAAGGAUGUAAGAAUUAAAGGACCCGAUGUUGAUGUUCAGGGAACAAAGGUAAACGUCACAGUGUCUGAUAUUGAUGUCAAAAGGCCAGACAUUGACAUUAACCCUUACAGGGCUGGUAUUAAUAUUAAACCACCUGAAUUUGACAUUCCAAGUGCACAAGCGGACGCUGAGGGCCAUGACGCAAAACUAAAAGAAUCCAAAAUAGAACUGCGAGGAACAAAGAUGACAGAUUUGGACAUCAGUCUAAAGAGUCCAAAAAUAAAAGAAAUGGCUGAUAUAUCAGUUCCAAAGUCUGAAGGGGAUAUAAAAGCUUCAAAAUUGAAUACUGAAGGAACACAUGUUGAUAUUAAAGGGCCCAAGGGAGGAGUGGAUAUACCCAAAAUUGAAAUGCCAUCAUUUGGCUUCAAAGGUCAAAAAUUAGAGGGUCCAGAUGUUGACAUAAACCUUCCAAAAGCUAAAACUGGCAUCAGAGAACAUAAAGUGGAAAUUACAGGACCAGAAGUUGACGUUGAAGGCCCUGAUGGAAAAUUCAAGGGACCCAGACUUAAGGGAGAUGUUGAUGUGUCAGCUCCAAAGAUUAAGGGAAACAUAAAAACCCCCAAAGUGGACAUUGAGAGACCAGAUGUGGACAUUGAGGGCAACAAAGGACUGAAAAUGCCCAAAUUCAAAAUGCCAACCAUUGGGGUUAAAGGUCCAAAACUUGAAGGUCCAGACAUUGAUGUAAACCUUCCUAAAGCUGACAUUGACAUCAAAGUCCCCGAAGUGGACAUUAAAGGAGCUGAUAUUGAUGUUGAGGGUCCAAGUCGAAAGAUCAAGGGACAAGAAUUCAAGAUGGCCUGUAUAUCUGGACCUAAAAUUUCCAUGCCUGCUGUGGAUUUCAAUCUGAAAACCUCUAAAGUCGAGGGUGAGAUAGAUGUUCCAAAACUGGAAGGAGAAAUGAAAGCACCUGAAAUUGACAUUAAAGGCCCCAAAGUGGACAUUGAAGUACCAGAUGUUGAUAUGGAGGGCCACAAAGGAGGACUGAAAAUGCCCAAAUUCAAAAUGCCAUCAUUUGGAAUGAAGGGUCCAAAACUUGAAGGUCCAGAUGUUGAUGUCAGCCUUCCUAAAGCUGACAUUGAUGUUAAAGCACCUAAAGUGGAUAUUAAAGGACCAGAAGUUGAUGUUGAAGGUCCUGAUGCAAAGCUUAAAGGACCAAAAUUCAAGAUGCCCAGUAUAUCGGGACCCAAAAUUUCCAUGCCUGGUGUGGAUUUCAAUCUGAAAGGGCCUAAAGUUGAAGGUGACAUUGAUGUUCCAAAGAUUGAAGGAGAAAUGAAAGUGCCUGACGUUGACAUCAAAGGUCCAGAGGGUGACAUUGAAGGGCCCAAAGGUAGUUUUGAAAUGCCAAAAAUCAAAAUGCCAUCAUUUGAGAUCAAAGGUCCGAAAGUUGAGGGUCCAGAUGUUGAUGUAAAUCUUCCCAAGGCCGGCGUCAAUGUCAAAGCACCUGAAGUGGAUAUUAAAGCAGCAGAAGUUGAUAUUGAAGGUCCUGAUGCAAAACUCAAAGGACCCAAAUUCAAAAUGCCAUCAUUAUCAGGCCCCAGCCUCCCAGACUUUGACAUCAAUUUGAAGGGGCCCAAACUUAAGGGAGAUGUUGAUGUGUCAGCUCCAAAGAUUGAGGGAGACAUUAAAGGCCCCAAAGUGGACAUUGAAGUACCAGAUGUUGAUAUGGAGGGCCACAAAGGAGGACUGAAAAUGCCCAAAUUCAAAAUGCCAUCAUUUGGAAUGAAGGGUCCAAAACUUGAAGGUCCAGAGGUUGAUGUCAGCCUUCCUAAAGCUGACAUUAAUGUCAAAGCCCCUGAAGUGGACAUCAAAGGAGCUGACAUUGAUGUGGAAGGUCCAAGUGGAAAGAUCAAGGGACCAAAAUUCAAGAUGCCCAGUAUAUCAGGACCUAAAGUUUCCAUGCCUGAUGUAGAUUUCAAUCUGAAAGGGCCUAAAGUUGAAGGUGACAUAGAUGUUCCAAAGAUUGAAGGAAAAAUGAAAGUGCCUGACGUUGACAUCAAAGUUCCAGAGGGUGACGCUGAAGGGCCCACAGUUGGAUUUGAAAUCCCCAAAAUGAAAAUGCCAUCAUUUGGGGUCAAAGGUCCAAAAGUUGAGGGUCCAGAUGUUGACGUAAAUCUUCCCAAAGCUGAUAUCAAUGUCAAGGCACCUAAAGUGGAUAUUAAAAAGCCAGAAGUGGAUGUUGAAGGUCCUGAUGCAAAACUCAAAGGACCCAAAUUCAAAAUGCCAUCAUUAUCAGGCCCCAGCCUCCCAGACUUUGACAUCAAUUUGAAAGGGCCCAAACUUAAGGGAGAUGUUGAUGUGUCAGCUCCAAAGAUUGAGGGAGACAUUAAAGGCCCCAAAGUGGACACUGAAGUACCAGAUGUUGAUAUGGAGGGCCACAAAGGAGGACUGAAAAUGCCCAAAUUCAAAAUGCCAUCAUUUGGAAUGAAGGGUCCAAAACUUGAAGGUCCAGACGUUGAUGUCAGCCUUCCUAAAGCUGACAUUGAUAUCAAAGCCCCUGAAGUGGACAUCAAAGGAGCUGACAUUGAUGUGGAAGGUCCAAGUGGAAAGAUCAAGGGACCAAAAUUCAAGAUGCCCAGUAUAUCGGGACCCAAAAUUUCCAUGCCAGAUGUAGAUUUCAAUCUGAAAGGGCCAAAAGUUGAAGGUGACAUCGAUGUUCCAAAGAUUGAAGGAAAAAUGAAAGUGCCUGAUGUUGACAUCAAAGGUCCAGAGGGUGACAUUGAAGGGCCCAAAGGUAGUUUUGAUAUGCCAAAAAUCAAAAUACCAUCAUUUGGGAUCAAAGGUCCGAAAGUUGAGGGUCCAGAUGUUGAUGUAAAUCUUCCCAAAGCUGAUAUCAAUGUCAAAGCACCUAAAGUGGAUAUUAAAGCGCCAGAGGUUGAUGUUGAAGGUCCUGAUGCAAAACUCAAAGGACCCAAAUUCAAAAUGCCAUCAUUAUCAGGCCCCAGCCUCCCAGACUUUGACAUCAAUUUGAAGGGGCCCAAACUUAAGGGAGAUGUUGAUGUGUCAGCUCCAAAGAUUGAGGGAGACAUUAAAGGCCCCAAAGUGGACAUUGAAGUACCAGAUGUUGAUAUGGAGGGCCACAAAGGAGGACUGAAAAUGCCCAAAUUCAAAAUGCCAUCAUUUGGAAUGAAGGGUCCAAAACUUGAAGGUCCAGAUGUUGAUGUCAGCCUUCCUAAAGCUGAUAUUGAUAUCAAAGCCCCUGAAGUGGACAUCAAAGGAGCUGACAUUGAUGUAGAAGGUCCAAGUGGAAAGAUCAAGGGACCAAAAUUCAAGAUGCCCAGUAUAUCAGGACCCAAAAUUUCCAUGCCUGACGUAGAUUUCAAUCUGAAAGGGCCUAAAGUUGAAGGUGACAUAGAUGUUCCAAAGAUUGAAGGAGAAAUGAAAGUACCUGAAGUUGACAUCAAAGGCCCCAAGAUUGACAUAGAAGGGCACAAAGGUAGUUUUGAUAUGCCAAAAAUCAAAAUGCCAUCAUUUGGGGUCAAAGGUCCAAAAGUUGAAGGUCCGGAUGUUGAUGUAAACCUUCCCAAAGCUGAUAUCAAUGUCAAAGCACCUAAAGUGGAUAUUAAAGUGCCAGAAGUUGAUGUUGAAGGUCCUGAUGCAAAACUCAAAGGACCCAAAUUCAAAAUGCCAUCAUUAUCAGGCCCCAGCCUCCCAGACUUUGACAUCAAUUUGAAGGGGCCCAAACUUAAGGGAGAUGUUGAUGUGUCAGCUCCAAAGAUUGAGGGAGACAUUAAAGGCCCCAAAGUGGACAUUGAAGUACCAGAUGUUGAUAUGGAGGGCCACAAAGGAGGACUGAAAAUGCCCAAAUUCAAAAUGCCAUCAUUUGGAAUGAAGGGUCCAAAACUUGAAGGUCCAGACGUUGAUGUCAGCCUUCCUAAAGCUGACAUUGAUAUCAAAGCCCCUGAAGUGGACAUUAAAGGAGCUGACAUUGAUGUAGAAGGUCCAAGUGGAAAGAUCAAGGGACCAAAAUUCAAGAUGCCCAGUAUAUCAGGACCCAAAAUUUCCAUGCCUGAUGUAGAUUUCAAUCUGAAAGGGCCUAAAGUUGAAGGUGACAUAGAUGUGCCAAAGAUUGAAGGAGAAAUGAAAGUACCUGAAGUUGACAUCAAAGGCCCCAAGAUUGACAUCGAAGGGCACAAAGGUAGUUUUGAUAUGCCCAAAAUCAAAAUGCCAUCAUUUGGGGUCAAAGGUCCAAAAGUUGAGGGUCCAGAUGUUGAUGUAAAUCUUCCCAAGGCCGGCGUCAAUGUCAAAGCACCUAAAGUUGAUAUUAAAGCACCAGAGGUUGAUGUUGAAGGUCCUGAUGCAAAACUCAAAGGACCCAAAUUCAAAAUGCCAUCAUUAUCAGGCCCCAGUCUCCCAGACUUUGACAUCAAUUUGAAGGGGCCCAAACUUAAGGGAGAUGUUGAUGUGUCAGCUCCAAAGAUUGAGGGAGACAUUAAAGGCCCCAAAGUGGACAUUGAAGUACCAGAUGUUGAUAUGGAGGGCCACAAAGGAGGACUGAAAAUGCCCAAAUUCAAAAUGCCAUCAUUUGGAAUGAAGGGUCCAAAACUUGAAGGUCCAGACGUUGAUGUCAGCCUUCCUAAAGCUGACAUUGAUAUCAAAGCCCCUGAAGUGGACAUUAAAGGAGCUGACAUUGAUGUAGAAGGUCCAAGUGGAAAGAUCAAGGGACCAAAAUUCAAGAUGCCCAGUAUAUCAGGACCCAAAAUUUCCAUGCCUGAUGUAGAUUUCAAUCUGAAAGGGCCUAAAGUUGAAGGUGACAUAGAUGUGCCAAAGAUUGAAGGAGAAAUGAAAGUACCUGAAGUUGACAUCAAAGGCCCCAAGAUUGACAUCGAAGGGCACAAAGGUAGUUUUGAUAUGCCCAAAAUCAAAAUGCCAUCAUUUGGGGUCAAAGGUCCGAAAGUUGAAGGUCCAGAUGUUGAUGUAAAUCUUCCCAAAGCUGACAUCAAUGUCAAAGCACCUAAAGUGGAUAUUAAAGCGCCAGAGGUUGAUGUUGAAGGUCCUGAUGCAAAACUCAAAGGACCCAAAUUCAAAAUGCCAUCAUUAUCAGGCCCCAGUCUCCCAGACUUUGACAUCAAUUUGAAGGGGCCCAAACUUAAGGGAGAUGUUGAUGUGUCAGCUCCAAAGAUUGAGGGAGACAUUAAAGGCCCCAAAGUGGACAUUGAAGUACCAGAUGUUGAUAUGGAGGGCCACAAAGGACUGAAAAUGCCCAAAUUCAAAAUGCCAUCAUUUGGAAUGAAGGGUCCAAAACUUGAAGGUCCAGACGUUGAUGUCAGCCUUCCUAAAGCUGACAUUGAUAUCAAAGCCCCUGAAGUGGACAUCAAAGGACCUGGCAUUGAUGUUGAGAGUCCAAGUGGAAAGAUCAAGGGACCAAAAUUCAAGAUGCCCAGUAUAUCGGGACCCAAAAUUUCCAUGCCUGAUGUAGAUUUCAAUCUGAAAGGGCCUAAAGUUGAAGGUGACAUCGAUGUUCCAAAGAUUGAAGGAGAAAUGAAAGUACCUGAAGUUGACAUCAAAGGCCCCAAGAUUGACAUAGAAGGGCACAAAGGUAGUUUUGAUAUGCCCAAAAUCAAAAUGCCAACAUUUGGGUUCAAAGGUCCGAAAGUUGAAGGUCCAGAUGUUGAUGUAAAUCUUCCCAAAGCUGACAUCAAUGUCAAAGCACCUAAAGUGGAUAUUAAAGCACCAGAGGUUGAUGUUGAAGGUCCUGAUGCAAAACUCAAAGGACCCAAAUUCAAAAUGCCAUCAUUAUCAGGCCCCAGCCUCCCAGACUUUGACAUUAAUUUGAAGGGGCCCAAACUUAAGGGAGAUGUUGAUGUGUCAGCACCAAAGAUUGAGGGAGACAUUAAAGGCCCCAAAGUGGACAUUGAAGUACCAGAUGUUGAUAUGGAGGGCCACAAAGGACUGAAAAUGCCCAAAUUCAAAAUGCCAUCAUUUGGAAUGAAGGGUCCAAAACUUGAAGGUCCAGACGUUGAUGUCAGCCUUCCUAAAGCUGACAUUGACAUCAAAGCCCCUGAAGUGGACAUCAAAGGACCUGGCAUUGAUGUUGAGAGUCCAAGUGGAAAGAUCAAGGGACCAAAAUUCAAGAUGCCCAGUAUAUCAGGACCCAAAAUUUCCAUGCCUGAUUUAGAUUUCAAUCUGAAAGGGCCUAAAGUUGAAGGUGACAUAGAUGUUCCAAAGAUUGAAGGAAAAAUGAAGGUGCCUGAUGUUGACAUCAAAGGUCCAGGGGGUGACAUUGAAGGGCCCAAAGGUAGUUUUGAAAUGCCCAAAAUCAAAAUACCAUCAUUUGGGAUCAAAGGUCCAAAAGUUGAGGGUCCAGAUGUUGACGUAAAUCUUCCCAAAGCUGAUAUCAAUGUCAAAGCACCUAAAGUGGAUAUUAAAGCACCAGAAGUUGAUGUUGAAGGUCCUGAUGCAAAACUCAAAGGACCCAAAUUCAAAAUGCCGUCAUUAUCAGGCCCCAGCCUCCCAGACUUUGACAUCAAUUUGAAGGGGCCCAAACUUCAGGGAGAUGUUGAUGUGUCAGCUCCAAAGAUUGAGGGAGACAUUAAAGGCCCCAAAGUGGACAUUGAAUGCCCAGAUGUUGAUAUGGAGGGCCACAAAGGAGGACUGAAAAUGCCCAAAUUCAAAAUGCCAUCAUUUGGAAUGAAGGGUCCAAAACUUGAAGGUCCAGACGUUGAUGUCAGCCUUCCUAAAGCUGACAUUGAUAUCAAAGUCCCUGAAGUGGACAUCAAAGGAGCUGACAUUGAUGUGGAAGGUCCAAGUGGAAAGAUCAAGGGACCAAAAUUCAAGAUGCCCAGUAUAUCGGGACCUAAAAUUUCCAUGCCUGAUGUGGAUUUCAAUCUGAAAGGGCCAAAAGUUGAAGGUGACAUAGAUGUUCCAAAGAUUGAAGGAGAAAUGAAAGUACCUGAAGUUGACAUCAAAGGCCCCAAGAUUGACAUCGAAGGGCACAAAGGUAGUUUUGAAAUUCCCAAAAUCAAAAUGCCAUCAUUUGGAAUCAAAGGUCCAAAAGUUGAAGGUCCAGAUGUUGACAUAAAUCUUCCCAAAGGUGACAUCAAUGUUAAAGCACCUAAAGUUGAUAUUAAAGUGCCAGAGGUUGAUGUUGAAGGUCCUGAUGGAAAACUCAAAGGACCCAAAUUCAAAAUGCCAUCAUUAUCAGGCCCCAGCCUCCCAGACUUUGACAUCAAUUUGAAGGGGCCCAAACUUAAGGGAGAUGUUGAUGUGUCAGCUCCAAAGAUUGAGGGAGACAUUAAAGGCCCCAAAGUGGACAUUGAAGUACCAGAUGUUGAUCUUGAAGGCCACAAAGGACUGAAAAUGCCCAAAUUCAAAAUGCCAUCCUUUGGAAUGAAGGGUCCAAAACUUGAAGGUCCAGACGUUGAUGUCAGCCUUCCUAAAGCUGACAUUGACAUCAAAGCCCCUGAAGUGGACAUCAAAGGGCCUGGCAUUGAUGUCGAAGGUCCAAGUGGAAAGAUCAAGGGACCAAAAUUCAAGAUGCCCAGUAUAUCAGGACCCAAAAUUUCCAUGCCAGAUGUGGAUUUCAAUCUGAAAGGGCCUAAAGUUGAAGGUGACAUAGAUGUUCCAAAGAUUGAAGGAAAAAUGAAAGUGCCUGACGUUGACAUCAAAGGUCCAGAGGGUGACAUUGAAGGGCACAAAGGUAGUUUUGAAAUGCCCAAAAUCAAAAUGCCAUCAUUUGGGUUCAAAGGUCCGAAAGUUGAAGGUCCAGAUGUUGACAUAAAUCUUCCCAAAGCUGAUAUCAAUGUCAAAACACCUAAAGUUGAUAUUAAAGGGCCAGAAUUUGAUGUUGAAGGUCCUGAUGCAAAACUCAAAGGACCCAAAUUCAAAAUGCCAUCAUUAUCAGGCCCCAGCCUCCCAGACUUUGACAUCAAUUUGAAGGGGCCCAAACUUAAGGGAGAUGUUGAUGUGUCAGCUCCAAAGAUUGAGGGAGACAUUAAAGGCCCCAAAGUGGACAUUGAAGUACCAGAUGUUGAUAUGGAGGGCCACAAAGGAGGACUGAAAAUGCCCAAAUUCAAAAUGCCAUCCUUUGGAAUGAAGGGUCCAAAACUUGAAGGUCCAGACGUUGAUGUCAGCCUUCCUAAAGCUGACAUUGAUAUCAAAGCCCCUGAAGUGGACAUCAAAGGACCUGGCAUUGAUGUUGAGAGUCCAAGUGGAAAGAUCAAGGGACCAAAAUUCAAGAUGCCCAGUAUAUCAGGGCCUAAAAUUUCCAUGCCUGAUGUGGAUUUCAAUCUGAAAGGGCCUAAAGUUGAAGGUGACAUCGAUGUUCCAAAGAUUGAAGGAGAAAUGAAACUGCCUGAAGUUGACAUCAAAGGCCCUAAGAUUGGCUUCGAAGGGCACAAAGGUAGUUUUGAAAUGCCCAAAAUCAAAAUGCCAUCAUUUGGGGUCAAAGGUCUGAAAGUUGAAGGUCCAGAUGUUGACGUAAAUCUUCCCAAAGCUGAUAUCAAUGUCAAAACACCUAACGUGGAUAUUAAAGGGCCAGAGUUUGAUGUUGAAGGUCCUGAUGCAAAACUCAAAGGACCCAAAUUCAAAAUGCCGUCAUUAUCAGGCCCCAGCCUCCCAGACUUUGACAUCAAUUUGAAGGGGCCCAAACUUAAGGGAGAUGUUGAUGUGUCAGCACCAAAGAUUGAGGGAGACAUUAAAGGCCCCAAAGUGGACAUUGAAGUACCAGAUGUUGAUAUGGAGGGCCACAAAGGAGGACUAAAAAUGCCCAAAUUCAAAAUGCCAUCAUUUGGAAUGAAGGGUCCAAAACUUGAAGGUCCAGACAUUGAUGUCAGCCUUCCUAAAGCUGACAUUGACAUCAAAGCCCCUGAAGUGGACAUCAAAGGACCUGGCAUUGAUGUUGAGAGUCCAAGUGGAAAGAUCAAGGGACCAAAAUUCAAGAUGCCCAGUAUAUCGGGACCCAAAAUUUCCAUGCCUGAUGUGGAUUUCAAUCUGAAAGGGCCUAAAGUUGAAGGUGACAUAGAUAUUCCAAAGAUUGAAGGAGAAAUGAAAGUACCUGAAGUUGACAUCAAAGGCCCCAAGAUUGACAUAGAAGGGCACAAAGGUAGUUUUGAAAUGCCCAAAAUCAAAAUGCCAUCAUUUGGGGUCAAAGGUCCGAAAGUUGAAGGUCCAGAUGUUGACGUAAAUCUUCCCAAAGCUGAUAUCAAUGUCAAAACACCUAACGUGGAUAUUAAAGGGCCAGAGUUUGAUGUUGAAGGUCCUGAUGCAAAACUCAAAGGACCCAAAUUCAAAAUGCCGUCAUUAUCAGGCCCCAGCCUCCCAGACUUUGACAUCAAUUUGAAGGGGCCCAAACUUAAGGGAGAUGUUGAUGUGUCAGCACCAAAGAUUGAGGGAGACAUUAAAGGCCCCAAAGUGGACAUUGAAGUACCAGAUGUUGAUAUGGAGGGCCACAAAGGACUAAAAAUGCCCAAAUUCAAAAUGCCAUCAUUUGGAAUGAAGGGUCCAAAACUUGAAGGUCCAGACAUUGAUGUCAGCCUUCCUAAAGCUGACAUUGACAUCAAAGCCCCUGAAGUGGACAUCAAAGGACCUGGCAUUGAUGUUGAGAGUCCAAGUGGAAAGAUCAAGGGACCAAAAUUCAAGAUGCCCAGUAUAUCGGGACCCAAAAUUUCCAUGCCUGAUGUGGAUUUCAAUCUGAAAGGGCCUAAAGUUGAAGGUGACAUAGAUAUUCCAAAGAUUGAAGGAGAAAUGAAAGUACCUGAAGUUGACAUCAAAGGCCCCAAGAUUGACAUAGAAGGGCACAAAGGUAGUUUUGAAAUGCCCAAAAUCAAAAUGCCAUCAUUUGGGGUCAAAGGUCCGAAAGUUGAGGGUCCAAAUGUUGACGUAAAUCUUCCCAAAGCUGAUAUCAAUGUCAAAGCACCUAAAGUGGAUAUUAAAGGGCCAGAAGUUGAUGUUGAAGGUCCUGAUGCAAAACUCAAAGGACCCAAAUUCAAAAUGCCAUCAUUAUCAGGCCCCAGCCUCCCAGACUUUGACAUCAAUUUGAAGGGGCCCAAACUUAAGGGAGAUGUUGAUGUGUCAGCUCCAAAGAUUGAGGGAGACAUUAAAGGCCCCAAAGUGGACAUUGAAUGCCCAGAUGUUGAUAUGGAGGGACACAAAGGAGGACUGAAAAUGCCCAAAUUCAAAAUGCCAUCAUUUGGAAUGAAGGGUCCAAAACUUGAAGGUCCAGACAUUGAUGUCAGCCUUCCUAAAGCUGACAUUGACAUCAAAGCCCCUGAAGUGGACAUCAAAGGACCUGGCAUUGAUGUUGAGAGUCCAAGUGGAAAGAUCAAGGGACCAAAAUUCAAGAUGCCCAGUAUAUCGGGACCUAAAAUUUCCAUGCCUGAUGUGGAUUUCAAUCUGAAAGGGCCUAAAGUUGAAGGUGACAUAGAUGUUCCAAAGAUUAAAGGAGAAAUGAAAGUACCUGAAGUUGACAUCAAAGGCCCCAAGAUUGACAUAGAAGGGCACAAAGGUAGUUUUGAAAUGCCCAAAAUCAAAAUGCCAUCAUUUGGGGUCAAAGGUCCAAAAGUUGAAGGUCCGGAUGUUGACGUAAAUCUUCCCAAAGCUGAUAUCAAUGUCAAAGCACCUAAAGUGGAUAUUAAAGUGCCAGAAGUUGAUGUUGAAUGUCCUGAUGCAAAACUCAAAGGACCCAAAUUCAAAAUGCCAUCAUUAUCAGGCCCCAGCCUCCCAGACUUUGACAUCAAUUUGAAGGGGCCCAAACUUAAGGGAGAUGUUGAUGUGUCAGCUCCAAAGAUUGAGGGAGACAUUAAAGGCCCCAAAGUGGACAUUGAAGUACCAGAUGUUGAUAUGGAGGGCCACAAAGGAGGACUGAAAAUGCCCAAAUUCAAAAUGCCAUCAUUUGGAAUGAAGGGUCCAAAACUUGAAGGUCCAGACGUUGAUGUCAGCCUUCCUAAAGCUGACAUUGACAUCAAAGCCCCUGAAGUGGACAUCAAAGGACCUGGCAUUGAUGUUGAGAGUCCAAGUGGAAAGAUCAAGGGACCAAAAUUCAAGAUGCCCAGUAUAUCGGGACCCAAAAUUUCCAUGCCUGAUGUGGAUUUCAAUCUGAAAGGGCCUAAAGUUGAAGGUGACAUAGAUGUUCCAAAGAUUGAAGGAGAAAUGAAAGUACCUGAAGUUGACAUCAAAGGCCCCAAGAUUGACAUAGAAGGGCACAAAGGUAGUUUUGAAAUGCCCAAAAUCAAAAUGCCAUCAUUUGGGGUCAAAGGUCCAAAAGUUGAAGGUCCAGAUGUUGACGUAAACCUUCCCAAAGCUGAUAUCAAUGUCAAAGCACCUAAAGUGGAUAUUAAAGGGCCAGAAGUUGAUGUUGAAUGUCCUGAUGCAAAACUCAAAGGACCCAAAUUCAAAAUGCCAUCAUUAUCAGGCCCCAGCCUCCCAGACUUUGACAUCAAUUUGAAGGGGCCCAAACUUAAGGGAGAUGUUGACGUGUCAGCUCCAAAGAUUGAGGGUGACAUUAAAGGCCCCAAAGUGGACAUUGAAGUACCAGAUGUUGAUAUGGAGGGCCACAAAGGACUGAAAAUGCCCAAAUUCAAAAUGCCAUCAUUUGGAAUGAAGGGUCCAAAACUUGAAGGUCCAGACGUUGAUGUCAGUCUUCCUAAAGCUGACAUUGAUGUCAAAGUCCCUGAAGUGGACAUCAAAGGAGCUGACAUUGAUGUGGAAGGUCCAAGUGGAAAGAUCAAGGGACCAAAAUUCAAGAUGCCCAGUAUAUCGGGACCCAAAAUUUCCAUGCCAGAUGUGGAUUUCAAUCUGAAAGGGCCUAAAGUUGAAGGUGACAUAGAUGUUCCAAAGAUUGAAGGAGAAAUGAAAGUACCUGAAGUUGACAUCAAAGGCCCUAAGAUUGACAUCGAAGGGCACAAAGGUAGUUUUGAAAUGCCCAAAAUCAAAAUGCCAUCAUUUGGGAUCAAAGGUCCAAAAGUUGAGGGUCCAGAUGUUGACGUAAAUCUUCCCAAAGCUGAUAUCAAUGUCAAAGCACCUAAAGUGGAUAUUAAAGCACCAGAAGUUGAUGUUGAAGGUCCUGAUGCAAAACUCAAAGGACCCAAAUUCAAACUACCAACAUUAUCAGGACCCAGCCUCCCAGACUUUGACAUCAAUUUGAAAGGGCCAAAGAUUAAAGGAGAUAUGGAUGUGUCAUCUCCAAAGACUGAAGGAGAAAUUAAAAUCCCUGAAGUGGACAUUGAGGGUCCCAAUUUGGAUGUUGAAUCUACAGAAGGCAAAAUUUCAGGGCCAAAGGUGAAGUUUCCUACAUUAAGUGGACCUAAAUUUUCCAUGCCAGAUGUUGAUAUUAAUUUAAAGGGACCAAAGAUAAAAGGUGAUUUGAAAGGAGAUUCUCACUUACCAAAAGCUGAAAUUGAGGGAGCUGAUGCCUCAAUUGACAUCCCUGAAACUGGCUCAAAGAAAAUAAAAUUCAAAAUGCCAAAGUUUGGAUUCAAAGGUCCAAAGACAAAUGUCCCAGACACUGAUUUGAAAGGUGACAUCAACUUGAAAGGGAAGACCAGCAGCAUGGAGGGUCUUGACCUUGAUAUGGAACUGUCUUCACCAAAAACCAAAGGAUCUAAAUUCAAAAUGCCAAAAUUUGGUUUCAAAAGCCCAAAGACAGAGAUACCAGAAGCUAAUAUAAAUCUUUCAAAACCUAGCACUGAAAUAAAGACACCAGAAGUAAAAAUUGAUGGACCAGACAUUGAUAUAGAGUCUCCAAGUGGAAAGAUCAAAGGACAAAAGCUGAAGAUGCCAACUCUCUCAGGACCAAAAAUUUCCAUGCCGGAUGUAGAUUUUAAAUUAAAAGGUCCCAAACUUGAAGGUGAUAUUGACAUGCCAAAGAUUGAAGGAAAAAUGAAGGCACCUGAAGUUGACAUCAAAGUUCCAGAGGUUGACAUAGAAGAACCGAAAGGUGGAUUUGAUAUACCCAAAAUCAAAAUGCCAUCAUUUGGGAUCAAAGGUCCAAAAGUUGUAGGUCCAAAUCUUGACAUUAACCUUUCCAAGGCCGACAUCAAUGUCAAAGCACCUGAAGUGGAUUUUAAAGGGCCAGAAGUUGAUGUUGAAGGUCCUGAUGCAAAACUCAAAGGACCCAAAUUCAAAAUGCCAUCAUUAUCAGGCCCCAGCCUCCCAGACUUUGACAUCAAUUUGAAGGGGCCCAAACUUAAGGGAGAUGUUGAUGUGUCAGCACCAAAGAUUGAGGGAGACAUAGAAGGCCCCAAAGUGGACAUUGAAGGACCAGAGUUUGAUCUAAAGGGCCACAAAGGAGGACUUAAAAUGCCCAAAAUGAAAAUGCCAUCCUUUGGAGUUAAGGGUCCAAAACUUGAAGGUCCAGACAUUGAUGUCAGCCUUCCUAAAGCUGACAUUGAUGUCAGAGCCCCUGAAGUGGACAUCAAAGGAGCUGACAUUGAUGUGGAAGGUCCAAGUGGAAAGAUCAAGGGACCAAAAUUCAAGAUGCCCAGUAUAUCGGGACCCAAAAUUUCCAUGCCUGAUGUGGAUUUCAAUCUGAAAGGGCCUAAAGUUGAAGGUGACAUCGAUGUUCCAAAGAUUGAAGGAAAAAUGAAAGUGCCUGAUGUUGACAUCAAAGGCCCAGAGGGUAACAUUGAAGGGUACAAAGGUGGAUUUGAAAUGCCCAAAAUCAAAAUGCCAUCAUUUGGGUUCAAAGGUCCAAAGGCUGAUGGUCUAGAUGUUGAUGUAAACCUUCCCAAAGCUGACAUCAACAUCAAAGUACCCGAAGUGGAUAUUAAAGGGCCAGAAGUUGAUGUUGAAGGUCCUGAUGCCAAACUCAAAGGACCCAAAUUCAAAAUGCCAUCAUUAUCAGGCCCCAGCCUCCCAGACUUUGACAUCAAUUUGAAGGGGCCCAAACUUAAGGGAGAUGUUGAUGUGUCAGCUCCAAAGAUUGAGGGAGACCUUAAAGGCCCCAAAGUGGACAUUGAAGUACCAGAUGUUGAUAUGGAGGACCAUAAAGGAGGACUGAAAAUGCCCAAAUUCAAAAUGCCAUCAUUUGGAAUGAAGGGUCCAAAACUUGAAGGUCCAGACGUUGAUGUCAGCCUUCCUAAAGCUGACAUUGAUGUUAAAGUCCCUGAAGUGGACAUCAAAGGAGCUGACAUUGAUGUGGAAGGUCCAAGUGGAAAGAUCAAGGGACCAAAAUUCAAGAUGCCCAGUAUAUCGGGACCAAAAGUUUCCAUGCCUGAUAUAGAUUUCAAUCUGAAAGGGCCUAAAGUUGAAGGUGAGGUUGGUGUUCCAAAGAUUGAAGGUAAAAUAAAAACACCUGAUCUUAACAUCAAAGGUCCAGAGAUAGACACCGAGGUGUCGAAAGGUAGUUUUGAAAUGCCAAAAAUCAAAAUGCCAUCAUUUGGGGUCAAAGGUCCAAAAGUUGAGGGUCCAGAUGUUGACAUAAACCUUCCCAAAGGAAAUAUCGAUUUCAAAGGACCUGAUGUGGAUAUUAAAGCACCAGAAAUUGAUGUUGAAGGUCCUGAUGCAAAACUCAAAGGACCCAAAUUCAAAAUGCCAUCAUUAUCAGGACCUAGCCUCCCAGACUUUGACAUCAAUUUGAAGGGGCCCAAACUUAAGGGAGAUGUUGAUGUGUCAGCUCCAAAGAUUGAGGGAGACAUUAAAGGCCCCAAAGUGGACAUUGAAGGCCCAGAUGUUGAUGUUGAGGGCCACAAAGGAGGACUGAAAAUGCCCAAAUUCAAAAUGCCAUCAUUUGGAAUGAAGGGUCCAAAACUUGAAGGUCCAGACAUUGAUGUCAGCCUUCCUAAAGCUGACAUUGAUGUCAGAGCCCCUGAAGUGGACAUCAAAGGAGCUGACAUUGAUGUGGAAGGUCCAAGUGGAAAGAUCAAGGGACCAAAAUUCAAGAUGCCCAGUAUAUCGGGACCAAAAGUUUCCAUGCCUGAUAUAGAUUUCAAUCUGAAAGGCCCUAAAGUUGAAGGUGAGGUUGGUGUUCCAAAGAUUGAAGGUAAAUUAAAAACACCUGAUGUUAACAUCAAAGGUCCAGAUAUAGACACCGAGGGGUCCAAAGGUGGUUUUGAAAUGCCCAAAAUCAAAAUGCCAUCAUUUGGGAUCAAAGGUCCAAAAGUUGAGGGUCCAGAUGUUGACGUAAACCUUCCCAAAGCUGAUAUCAAUGUCAAAGCACCUAAAGUGGAUAUUAAAGGACCAGAAAUUGAUGUUGAAGGUCCUGAUGCAAAACUCAAAGGACCCAAAUUCAAAAUGCCAUCAUUAUCAGGCCCCAGCCUCCCAGACUUUGACAUCAAUUUGAAGGGGCCCAAACUUAAGGGAGAUGUUGAUGUGUCAGCUCCAAAGAUUGAGGGAGACAUUAAAGGCCCCAAAGUGGACAUUGAAGUACCAGAUGUUGAUAUGGAGGGCCACAAAGGAGGACUGAAAAUGCCCAAAUUCAAAAUGCCAUCAUUUGGAAUGAAGGGUCCAAAACUUGAAGGUCCAGACGUUGAUGUCAGCCUUCCUAAAGCUGACAUUGAUGUCAAAGUCCCUGAAGUGGACAUCAAAGGAGCUGACAUUGAUGUGGAAGGUCCAAGUGGAAAGAUCAAGGGACCAAAAUUCAAGAUGCCCAGUAUAUCGGGACCAAAAGUUUCCAUGCCUGAUAUAGAUUUCAAUCUGAAAGGCCCAAAAGUUGAAGGUGACAUCGAUGUUCCAAAGAUUGAAGGUAAAUUAAAAACACCUAACGUUAACAUCAAAGGUCCAGAGAUAGACACCGAGGGGUCCAAAGGUGGUUUUGAAAUGCCGAAAAUCAAAAUGCCAUCAUUUGGGAUCAAAGGUCCAAAAGUUGAGGGUCCAGAUGUUGACGUAAACCUUCCCAAAGGCAAUAUCGACUUCAAAGGACCUGAUGUGGAUAUUAAAGGACCAGAAAUUGAUGUUGAAGGUCCUGAUGCAAAACUCAAAGGACCCAAAUUCAAAAUGCCAUCAUUAUCAGGCCCCAGCCUCCCAGACUUUGACAUCAAUUUGAAGGGGCCCAAACUUAAGGGAGAUGUUGAUGUGUCAGCUCCAAAGAUUGAGGGAGACAUUAAAGGCCCCAAAGUGGACAUUGAAGUACCAGAUGUUGAUAUGGAGGGCCACAAAGGACUGAAAAUGCCCAAAUUCAAAAUGCCAUCAUUUGGAAUGAAGGGUCCAAAACUUGAAGGUCCAGACGUUGAUGUCAGCCUUCCUAAAGCUGACAUUGAUAUCAAAGCCCCUGAAGUGGACAUCAAAGGACCUGGCAUUGAUGUUGAAAGUCCAAGUGGAAAGAUCAAGGGACCAAAAUUCAAGAUGCCCAGUAUAUCAGGACCCAAAAUUUCCAUGCCUGAUGUGGAUUUCAAUCUGAAAGGGCCUAAGAUUGAAGGUGACAUAGAUGUUCCAAAGAUUGAAGGAGAAAUGAAAGUGCCUGAAGUUGACAUCAAAUGCCCCAAGAUUGACAUUGAAGGGCACAAAGGUAGUUUUGAAAUGCCCAAAAUCAAAAUGCCAUCAUUUGGGGUCAAAGGUCCAAAAGUUGAAGGUCCGGAUGUUGAUGUAAACCUUCCCAAAGCUGAUAUCAAUGUCAAAGCACCUAAAGUGGAUAUUAAAGUGCCAGAAGUUGAUGUUGAAGGUCCUGAUGCAAAACUCAAAGGACCCAAAUUCAAAAUGCCAUCAUUAUCAGGCCCCAGCCUCCCAGACUUUGACAUCAAUUUGAAGGGGCCCAAACUUAAGGGAGAUGUUGAUGUGUCAGCUCCAAAGAUUGAGGGAGACAUUAAAGGCCCCAAAGUGGACAUUGAAGUACCAGAUGUUGAUAUGGAGGGCCACAAAGGACUGAAAAUGCCCAAGUUCAAAAUGCCAUCAUUUGGGAUGAAAGGUCCAAAAAUUGAAGGUCCAGAUGUUGAUGUCAGCCUUCCUAAAGCUGAAAUUGAUGUCAAAGCCCCUGAAGUGGACAUUAAAGGAGCUGAGCUAGAUGUUGAGGGCCCAAGUGGAAAGAUCAAGGGACCAAAAUUCAAGAUGCCCAGUAUAUCGGGACCCAAAAUUUCCAUGCCUGAUAUGGAUUUCAAUCUGAAAGGCCCCAAAGUCGAGGGUGACAUAGAUGUUCCAAAGAUUGAAGGAAAAAUAAAAGUACCUGAAGUUGAUAUCAAAGGUCCAGAGGUUGACAUUGAAGGUUCGAAAGGUAGUUUUGAAAUGCCCAAAAUCAAAAUGCCAUCAUUUGGGGUCAAAGGUCCAAAAGUUGAGGGUCCACAUGUCGAUGUAAACCUUCCCAAGGCCGACAUCAAUGUCAAAGCACCUAAAGUGGAUAUUAAAGCGCCAGAGGUUGAUGUUGAAGGUCCUGAUGCAAAACUCAAAGGACCCAAAUUCAAAAUGCCAUCAUUAUCAGGACCUAAACUGCCAGAUUUUGACAUCAAUUUGAAGGGGCCCAAACUUAAGGGAGAUGUUGAUGUGUCAGCACCAAAGAUUGAGGGAGACAUAGAAGGCCCCAAAGUGGACAUUGAAGGACCAGAUGUUGAUCUUGAGGGCCACAAAGGAGGACUGAAAAUGCCCAAAUUCAAAAUGCCAUCCUUUGGAGUUAAGGGUCCAAAACUUGAAGGUCCAGACAUUGAUGUCAGCCUUCCUAAAGCUGACAUUGAUGUCAGAGCCCCUGAAGUGGACAUCAAAGGAGCUGACAUUGAUGUGGAAGGUCCAAGUGGAAAGAUCAAGGGACCAAAAUUUAAGAUGCCCAGUAUAUCAGGACCCAAAAUUUCAAUGCCUGAUAUGGAUUUGAAUCUGAAAGGCCCUAAAAUUGAAGGUAAGGUAGCUGUUCCAAAAAUGGAGGGACAAAUGAAAGCACCUGACGCUGACAUCAGUGUUCCGGAGAUUGACUUUGAAUAUCCCAGAGGUGGACUGGAUAUGCCCAAAAUCACAAUGCCAUCAUUUGGUUUCAGAGGUCCAAAAGUUGAGGGUACAGACAUUGACCUAAACCUUCCCAAAGCCCAUGUUGAUGCGAACGCGCCUGAAAUUGACACUACCCAGCCAGAAGUUGACAUUAAAGGUCCUGAUGCAAAACUCAAAGGACCCACAUUCAAAUUACCAUCACUGUCUGGACCUAAACUGCAGGGACCAGGCAUUGACAUUAACUUUCCCAAAUCUAACACAGAAAUUAAAGAAGCCAACCUUGAAAUUGAUGUAAAAGGGAGCAAAAUUAAAGGUGACAUGGAUGUAUCUUUGCCCACCCUGGAAAAAGAUGUAAAAGUUCCAAAUGCUGACAUUUCUAAUGAUGCUGAAAAGACUGCCAUUACCUUUCCCAAGUUCAAAACUCCUAAGUUUGCAAUGAAAACCCCAGUUCUUGAGGAGCCUAAAUCCCACAUCAACAUUCCCAGCACUGUAGGAAAAGGUUCUAAAACAGAAGUUAGCUUCCCUGAUACCGAGGCUAGUCUUGAUGCCCCUGAUAUUGAUAUAAACAUAAAGGGGAAAAAAGGAAAGUUUAAACUUCCAAAAGUUAAAGGAAAGCCAAAAAAAUCUGAUGCUAAUAUAGAAACACCAGCAGUAGAACUAGAUGUUGACACAACAAGUAGUUAUGCCAAAGGAACAAAAGUAAAGAAGCCUCUUUUUGGUAAGCUUCACUUUCCUGAUGUUGAAUUAGAUAUCAAAUCACCAAAAGUAAAAGGGGAUGGAUCUUUAUCUGCCAUUGAUGGCUCUGGCAGUCACAGUGCAAAUGUUCAACUGGAAGGGUCAGAUGUGAAAGUAAAGUCUUCCAACAUUAAAAUGCCAAGUGGGAUUGAUCCAGAAAUUAAUGCAAGUGUUUCAGGAGGAAGUGGAAUUGGUGGUCUUCAGUACCCAGAGGGUAAAGUUGCAUUUCCAAAAAUCACAGUGCCAAAAUUUGGUAUUGUUUUGCCACAGGUGGAAGGCCAAGAAAGUGCAGGAAAGGUUGAAUCAGAGCCUGCAGCUAGUGGAGGCAUCAAAAUAGAAUCUCCAUCCAUUAGUUACCAAGUCAGUUCUCAAAAUAUUGAGGUUCCUAGUCCAGAGCUGAGACAGGAAGGCAAAGUAAAGGUAAAGAAGCCAAAAUUGUUUGGCAAAUCAAAAGCAAAGGGCAGCAGUGCAGGUGACCUUCAUGGACCAGAUGCAGAAUUGAGUGGCAGUGGAAAAGCAGGUAAACCCUCUAAAGAGCUAAGUGUACAUUCUGGGGAACUCAUGAGUGGAAAAAUAGAAUUAGAGGGUGAUCCUGGACCGAGUUUGUCAACUAAAGGCAAGUCAGCCUCACUGGAUCUUUUUAAGAAAUCAAGACAUCGAUCUUCUUCAUUGAGUGAUGAGGGGGGACUUUCAGUUAGCUCUCCUUCAGCUCACUUAGAAGCUGAAGGUGGUGACAUUUCUUUAGAUCUAGGAAGUAAGGUCAAAGGAAAGAAAGGCAAGUUGAAGUUUGGUACUUUUGGAGGUUUUGGUUCAAAGUCAAAGGGCUCAUAUGAAGUGACACUUGGAGAUGACAGUGAAGCACAUGUAGAGGGGAGUGCAGGUGUUUCACUACCUGCUAAAAAAUCAAGACUAUCUUCAUCCUCAAGCAGUGAUAGUGGUUCAAGAGGUGGUUUCAGGUUCCCAAAAGUUGAGCUAUCUGUUUCACCCACAAAAUGAUAAAGAGACUUAUUAAAGCCUCAAUCACACCAAAUAUAUUCUCAUAAUUGAAAACUUUAAAACCUAAGGGGACAUGCACAAUCAUCUCAGUGUGGUAAAUUUGAGUAUUUUUUUCGUGAUCAAAGUGCAUGAGAUUGUUUAAAAUCCCUUCAAAGUGUAAAUAAGAUUAAUUUGUAAUAAUAAAUGUUGUUUUUGUAUAUAGUCCAGAUUUAUUGAAUCUAUGCCAUCUCACAUAAGUCACAUCAGUAGUUUGUUACAGGGUUUUUUCACUGUGUCCUUUGUCAUUCUAUUAAAUAAAUGUUAAAGAAUGGGUGUGGUAUAUUUGUGUCCAGGGGUCUAUUGCACAGAACGGAUACAACAGUUUUUUUAGAAUUAAAAUGUUGUUCAUUCACCAAUUUUUUUUUCCUUUUUUAAGUAGGGAGUGAUUAUAUUUUCAAUCUUUAAUAAUAUAUAAUCAGUAAAUAAUCAUUAUAGAGAUGGAUUUUUAUAACACACUGUAAAGAGUGAUAAUGUAUAUACCAUUAUUGCAGCUGUUUUACACAUUUUCAAGUGCUGUCAGUACUUUUUUGUUCAUAAAGAAAAUGUAUUUGCUUAAAUCUGCCAUUUACCACAAAUAUCAAUUUGGUUCAUGUAUUUUAAACAGGAUCUCUAAUCAUGUGUUAUUUUCACUCAUUAAUGCUCUGUUUAAUGAUUUUAUUUCAUUUUUUCACUUUCUCCUUGUAUUCGCACCAUAUACAUACAUUAAGUGUCACAAAUAGUACCUCUUUGAUGUCAGUUUGUUUGCAUACAAAUUUUACAAAUACAAUUUACAAAUACUUUGUUGAUAGACAGUUGAAUAGCUUUGAAUAGAUGCAAGAGAGAUCAUUAUUUGGGUCUAUUAUUUUGUGUGCAAUCUGCCAAAUAAACUAAAUAAAAAACUA